UCUUUUUCAGGAAAAGGAAACUAUCUAGAGUGGGAAAGAACCAUGGACAAGUGGCUGAGUUACAACAGAAUCAUGAGGAGUGAAAGAUUAUCUUUUGCUAUUUCUCAACUCACCGGAAGAGCUUAUAAGUGGUGGUUGCAAGAAGAAGAUGAUCGCAUGUUCUACAAGGAACCAGCUAUCACCACUUGGGAAAGUCUGAAGUUGUUACUGAGGGAUAAGUAUGCAUCCAAAGGCCACACUUCUCUGAAAUCUACAAAGAAGAAAGUCAUAUCUACAACAGACUUUCGAAGUGAAAAUUCAGAAACCAAGAUGGCUGAUUAUGAGAAAGAAAUCAGCAGCCUUGUUAAGGAGCUUCUUAAGACCAUCAAGCCCUUAGACAAGCUGACGAAGCUCCCAAAGAAUCAAGAACCAGUUACUACUGUCUCGGAACUCAAUGACGCAGAAUCAGACUCAGCUGCCCCAAUUCAAGAAGCUCAAACCGAAACAUCUUUGGUAAAAGGAAACUUUGAGAAAGGACAAGAGUUUUCUCUGUUCUUACCUCAGUCUGAACUUAAUUUUAACAAUUCUUUUGGUGAACUAACUUGUCUUGAACCGGUGCAACCGAGUAGAAUUAUUUCAGUGUCACAGGUUGCAAAAGAAGACUCAGCAGAGAAGGAACCGGAGCAGUCAACACAAGGAAAAGAGUUGGAACAGCAGAACAGCCUGCAAUCAGAAAUCAUUCCUGAAUCCUUGUCUUAUGACCUGCAAGAGCACUAUGGAGGAAUCACACUGUUUUGUGUUUUGGAGAUAUUCUUGUCUACAAUACUUUCUUUGACAUGAUAACCCACUUGACUUGUCCAAAAGAAGCUGAGAAAGGUACAGGUGAAAAGAGGGGCUAUAAGGAUCAGAGUACCAGUGAUGAGUCCUUGGCUAAGUUGGAGAUGCAACAAGAAAACUUUGAAAGCUGUCAAGCCGCCAGAUUUGACAUAGGAGCAGUCCGAGGAUCAUAUCUCAACAACCACAAGGAAUUAAUCAGCAAACUCGACUGCCAUGGAAACUUAACUCAUCAGGGUCUCACGUCGAAAUGGAAUCACGUCCAAAGCUUCUCAAAUGAAAGAGUUAUGGGUUCUACAAGUCGGGUGAUUCUGUGUGUGCUUUGUUUGAACUUUUCUGAGUUUAGAACAUUUCAAUCCUAUCUAUGGCGAUCAGGUGAGCAUGCUAAGGUAAGUGAUCAUAUUUUCAGUAAUUCUUUUAUUAUUGAUUACACAGAUAUGAUGCACUUGUUUUUGUCAAAAGAGCCAUGUGCAGAUUAUAAGGAAGCUUGGAAGCAAUCAAGGAGAAAUAACAAGCAUGAGGAAGACAAUCGGUUCAAGCCACCUGAUCUGAACAAGAACCAACAUGUCCCUGGCUUUAUCAUCAUCAAAGAAGCACCUCCAGAUGCAGCAUACAAACCAGAACCAAGCAGAAACAAAUUUGGGAUAAGACUCUUACUCUUUGAUAAAUUUUUAUGUGCUAACUUGUUUUGUUUCAUUGCAUCAGGAGUAAGGAGAGCUAACUGGAUCAGUGUUUCCUCUAUAUCCGAAUCUAACAGCAACAAUGCCUAUCUAAGAGGCUUGCAAGGUAAGUGUAAUCUGAUUUCAAACUUCUAUAUUGCUGAUUUGGUCUCCUUUAUUGCAGGUAAAGCAGAUUUGAGGUCAAAUCUUCUUGAAGAGGGAGGGGAUGAUAUGAUCAUGGAAAGCACCAAGGACUGGAAGCAUGAACCUGAACCUGAAGAGCUUGUAGCAGAGGAUGCAACAUUGAAGAAUGCUUGGAAACAAGAAGAAUACAUUGGUCUUGGCCGAAGCUUGAUCAUCCAAGACACCUUAACCAUUAUUCAAGCUACUCCACCUUCGAGCUGAUCAUCAUCUAGGCAAGUAGUUUGUGUGUGCUCUUUUCCUAACCUUUGGUUUUGUCCCACUGGGUUUUCCAAAGGAAGGUUUUUAACGAGGCCACAAGUCUACUUCUCCUAUAUCCUAGAUGAUUGAUCUUGGUCUGUCCACAUGAAGACCUUAUGUUAUUUUUAUAGCUAUGUUUUUAUGUUAUUUAGUUUUCGAAAACUCUAGUCUUUGUUAUGUUUCCAAGGGAGCCUUUGUCUUUAUUUCUUUUGUAUUUUCGAGACCUUGUGCAUGUACAAGGCUUCUCCUUUAUAUACUGGU